AUGCGGUCACUUCAAUAUCUUUAUCUUCUUCUAGUAUCAGUAGUAUUGAAAACUUUCUUCAUACCAUGUAUAUUUGCCACUUCAAGUGCUGUUAGUUCGGCACCAUUUUAUGUUCCCCAAUAUUGGAAGAACACAAAUUUUCUUCGCGUGAUAGACUUGACAACAUAUGCCGUGAGAGAGACGACGUCAAUUGUUGCGAAAAAUGUUCACAGCGAACCAAUCGGAGAAUAUUACUUUCCAAUAAAAGAAGAAUUCGACGACCACCUAUCCUACAUUGAAGUCACGGAGAAAAAAACGGAUAAAAUUUUUCAAGUCAAGAAGGCGGAAUUUGAUUCCUUAAAGUGGGUAACUGAUCUUUUUUCAACAGGACAUGUGAAUAUUUUUACUAUGCAAUAUUCAAGCGAAAAAAAUCAAGUAUAUUGCGGAAAAUCGAGUAAAUUUAAGAAUUCACUCCUUCCUUUGAAUGCUGAUUCAACAAACGUUAACCAAAAUCAAAAUUGCAGCAGGAUCCAGUUUUAUAAAAUCACCUUUGAUCGUCGUAUCGAUCCAAAUGAAAAAAUUGUAUUAGUUGUGAAAGCGAUUUUCACACAUACGUUGACUCCAUAUCCACGUGAAAUUGCCCAGACUGGAAGACAAAAUCUAUUAUAUCAGGGAAAUCUUUAUGGAAAUAGUGCAUACCCUACCGAACAACAGAAAACAAAUAUAAAACUUCCUACAGCCAAUUUGAUUAGUUACACUGAGAAGCCUGGUCCUGUAAGCCGUAGUGGGAACACGGUCACAUACGGAUUUUAUUACGAUAUAAAACCUGAUGCUUUUGAAAAACUUAUAGUACACUACGAAUUUCAAGAGGCACUAUUAACAGUCAAAGGUUUAAGACGAGAUUUAGAAAUCAGUCACUGGAGUGAUAAUUUAGCAAUUGAGGAGCAUUACAAUCUAACUCAUGAUGGAGCAAAGCUCAAAGGUCAAUUCUCCCGGCUGCAAUACCACCAAACCGUUUAUGUUCAUCAAGACACAACAAUGGCACGUGAUUUCACUUUCCACUUGCCACCCCGUGCUUCAGGUGUAUAUUAUAGAGAUGAGAUUGGUAAUGUAUCAACUUCUCGGUUACGAAGUGAACGAGAUAAGACCGUCUUGGAAUUUAAGCCACGUUAUCCAUUGUUUGGAGGAUGGAAUUACACGUGGUAUUAUGGAUAUAACGUGCCUCUAGACAACUUUUUGGGUCACAAGAGUGGGAAAUAUAUUCUUAAUAUACCUUUUAUUAACCCAUUAAAAAAUGCGGUCUAUGAUAAAGUGCAAGUAAGAAUUAUUUUACCUGAGGGUGCAAGUAAUGUCAAGGUGGAAACUCCUUUUCCUGUCGAUAGAGAAACCCAUACUGUCCUUAAAACGUAUUUUGAUAGCAAGGGAAGAUAUCUCGUUGUCCUUGAUAAAUACAAUGUAGUUUCAGAAUAUUCUGUGCCUUUUCAGAUCUCAUAUGAAUAUGAUUCUCUGGAACUACUCAGAAAGCCAUUGGUGGCCUCGACAUUCUUUUUCUGGGGAUUUUUGUUAAGCAUUAUAUACUCCAGAAUGGAAUUCACUAUUGGGAAAAAAUAA